UGCAUUUAUUUUUUUCCAGGAAAUCAUCACUUGUGGAUGGGAUGUCCUGUCUCUAAAUUGAAUAUCCUGUGGACCAUUGUGAGACAUAUUACUAGCGCCUCAACAUGUCCAGGAACCAAGGUGCCAGAAGAGCCGGAGGCCACCCAAUAUCUAUCAACGGAAUUCUUGACAAUGCCAUGAGGGCAGUGAAAGAUGCACAGAUUGCUGUUGCCCAGAUACAGAACAUCUCCGACAUAGACAAAGCCCCGCCCUACAUCUCUCCUAACACCUCUUUGGUGAACCCUAUGACUGGGGAGAGGAUACCUCCCACUGGAGCCUCUUCAUCAGCAUCUGCCGCCAGACAACCAGUAACCAAAGAUAACUCAGCAAUCAAAAGGACAUAUGGUACCCCAAUCAACAUCGUGAACAGUCUACAGAUCGGCCACUACAACACGAUGUACGUCCAGACAGGACGCCAGCAGAACCAGGAGGUGGAAGAGGACUCAUCCUCCGAUUCUGACAACUUUGACAAUGAGGAAGACGUACAGGAGCAGGGGUGA